CCAUUCCAUCAUCUCAAUCAAAUAUUGAAUUGAGAGGAAAAGAAAGUAGCAUUUUGAAAUGAGUACUAUACUUUUUCAAACCGUAACAGUAUUAGUCUCGAUUAUAUCGAGUUCUGUAGCUCAAGCAGGAAAUAUUCCAGCGGUUAUAGCAUUUGGAGAUUCAAUACUCGAUACCGGCAACAACAAUGACCUUAGCACUUUAACUAAAGUCAAUUUCUAUCCGUAUGGAAGAGAUUUUGUAACUCGACAAGCCACUGGAAGAUUUGGCAAUGGAAGAAUUCCUACAGAUAUGAUCGCCGAAGGUUUGGGAGUAAAGAACAUUGUACCAGCUUAUCGUAGUUCAGAUCUUCAACCCAAUGAUAUCUUAACCGGUGUUAGUUUUGCUUCUGGUGGUUCUGGUUUAGAUCCAAUGACCGCACAAGUUCAGGGAGUUAUAUGGAUACCAGACCAAUUAAACGACUUCAAAGCUUACAUAGCAAAGCUAAACAGCAUUACUGAAGAUGAAGAGAAGACGAGAUCAAUCAUCUCUAAUGCAGUUUAUAUCAUUUCCGCUGGAAAUAACGAUCUUGGCAUCACAUUCGUCUCCAAUCCAGCUAGAAACACUCGAUAUACUGUCUUCUCCUACACCAACAUGAUGAUUUCAUGGACUCAAUCAUUCAUGCAGGAGUUAUAUAAUUUGGGAGCAAGAAAAUUUGCGAUUAUGGGAACGUUGCCUUUGGGUUGCUUACCAGGAGCAAGCAACGCUAUUGGAGGGAUAUGUCUAGAACCCGCAAACGCAGUCGCUAGACUCUUUAACCAGAAGCUAGCAAACGAAGUCAACAAUCUGAACUCAGUGCUACCAGGCUCUCGUUCCAUCUACAUUGACAUGUAUAAUCCUCUUCUUGAACUCGUCAUCAACCCACUAAGAUCAGGAUUUACGUGGUCAACUUGGCCUUGCUGUUGUUCUCCUGCGGCUCCGGUACCGUGUUUGGAUGCAUCUCGACAUGUGUUUUGGGACAUUGCUCACCCAACGGAGAAAGCUUAUCAAACUAUUAUCCCUCCGAUUAUUCAACAAAUCCAACAAAGCUUCGCUUGAUGUGGGUGUCUUCGUCUCAGCAAUUAAUCUAUUUUACGUGCUUGUAACAUAUUUAUUGUUCUUAUGACUGUUAAUGUUGCGUAUCUUAUCUAUGAAUAUAUCCAACUGUUUACAUAUUAAAAAAAAUCCAUCCUCUUCUACUAUAUGGAUGAUAUAUAUAUAUAUAUAUAUUUUUUUUUUUUGUCAACCAUGGAUGAAAUAUUAUGAUUGUUUAUGUGAACAUAUUAACAAUAGCAAACAACUUGCACCUCUCUUAUACUUCAUUGGCCUUCUUUUGCCAAGUAUCCUGCUCUUUUAUAAGCUUUCUGUUAACCUGAAACCCAAUGUUAAUAGCUUUGUAGCGUAAACAGUACGCACAACGUUACAUGUCACGCAUGGAACAAUGAUCGAAAGAUAACAAGGCAGAGAGUCUCUUACUUUUAGUUAAGAUAAGGUCGUUAUUAUGGUUUUUUUUCUUGUAGUAAUGGGCUUCAAAAAUAAUUGCUUUGUGCCAUUAAAUAUUCUCUUCGAUUUUUGGGGACUUUUAAAAGGUUAAGACAAAAAAAAAA